AUGGUAGAACAUAUCUACGCGCUCAUAGACCCCAGGAGAGCGCCAGAGACGGCAGAGAACAUCCGUGAGUACGUUAGACAGCAUGGGCCAGCAGGAAUGACGACAACUGCAGGACAGUUAAAUCCUCGAAAAAUAACAAAAUUGAGGCGGAACGAGGCGUUUGCUUCCCAUCCGCCUGUACGGGGUAUGGCAAGAGAUGAGGAACCGCCCGCAAUCUUCAGAAAGAAGGGAGAUCCUUUUGUCCUCAGAAUCACGUCUGUUGAAGAAAGCCAUUACCAAAUGACCCUAUUAGGACGCGCCGAAAGGGCCGCGAAAAGGAGGGAAAGAGACACAUUGAUCACACAUGGGAUAUUAGUUGAUCACAUAUGGGAUAUUAGGGGAAUCGUUGGAAGAUAUACCACGGAUGGGUAG